CAGCCCUCCUAAAACCUCCCCUUUCCCCCAAAACCCCUCAGAACAAACACGCAGGGCCUCCUCUUUUCCGGCAUCCAUGGCCGCCGCACUAACGAAGAGCGGCCGCUUCAAUUACCGGAGCUUUCACUCCUUAAAGAUAUUUCUCCACAAGAGGAGUAUCAAAUGCUCCACAUCCGACCCGGUUACCAGCACCGGCGCCCAACAACACAAACGGGUCACCCGUUUCGCGCACUCCGUUUUCCGGAAGGCUAAAGAGACGGACUUUUCUGACCCGAUCUCAGGUUCGUACAGUUAUUCUUCAAGGGUAUCCUCUUCUCAGAAAUCCGGGCUUGUGGGCUGGUACUUGGGUAUGCUCCGGACCCGACCCAUUUCCACCAAAUGCGUCACCUCAGCCAUCAUAUAUGCCGCCGCAGAUAUUUCUUCCCAGACGGUUGUGAGUGAGAAAUUGGAGGAGUAUGAUUUGAAAAGAACUGUCCGCAUGGCUGGAUAUGGGCUGGUGAUAUUGGGUCCUUCUGUACAUUAUUGGUACAAUUUCAUGUCGAGAGUUUUCCCAAGUCGUGAUCUUUCGUCGACUUUAAUGAAAAUGGUUUUGGGGCAAACGACUUAUGGCCCGGCCAUGACCAUUAUAUUCCUAUCUAUGAAUGCUGCUCUGCAAGCCACUGGUAACCAACUCAUUUUCGUACCUAUGGACCAUUUACAUGACUUACAUGGCAAGCUUAGCAAAAGUGAGCACAAGUUGAGAAGGGUUUAUUUGCCGAAGAAUGUGCAAUCUCCAAAAGCGCGCUAAUUAUAUAAACCUUGCAAAUAACUCCGAUUUCUGAUUGUGGCUUUUAUGAAGUAGAAGAAGCAUAGGGCUCGAUUUCUCCAGAUAGAGCUAUCGUAAUGGACGAUUCAAUUGAUCUUCUGGAAUUAGCAAUGAAAGAUUAUGAAGUUGCUGCUUUAUAUACAGGGAAUUACUGUAAUCGGCCAGUUUCGGUAAUGCGACCAGUUUCUUGAAUUUUGAAUUUAUGGGGAAUUGCUGUAAUUGGACAAGUAAAAAGUAUUCAUCCAUCACGGUAUUCGUUUACCAUUGGUGGCACUUCAUAAAGUAUUUGUUGAUUCAAUGGUAAAAAACCUACUAAUUUUCCUAGUUGCAUGAAAAUGGAUGAGUUCGCUUAAUAUUUCACAUCAACAUCUAAAUCCAAUCUUCAAUGGAAAUCAAACCAUAUAGGGCACACUGAAAUGCUUGUUCUCUUUACAACAUAUAGUGUAAAAGGUACAGCCAGAACAAUCUAUCAAACUCUUAACAGACAACAAAAAUAGCUAAA